AUGGAAGUCAAUAUUCUCGCAUUUAUUGCUACAGCAUUGUUCAUUCUAGUUCCUACUGCCUUUUUACUUAUUAUUUAUGUAAAAACAGCCAGUCAAAAUGAUUAA